AUGCACGCGGUGGGGCUGCACUCGGCGCUGGCCAUCAAGCGCCAGCGCAAGCGGCGCGACGAGCAGAAGCGCGCGCGCGAGCGCCGCUACAGCACGCAGAGCACAGAGAGCGGGCUGACGUCGCCGCACAACAGCAUGGGCAGCCUGGCGGAGCACCGGUCGCGCGGGGCGGGGCGCGGCGGCGCGGGCCGCGGCAAGGCUCCGGGCGACGCCGUGGGCUCCAAGGUCGUCACCAGCGUAGGGAUGCUGCACAUCGGUGUGGUGUUCCUGGUGCUAGGCGCCUUCCUGCUCGUGUCGGGGCUGCUCCCCGAAGACGUCAACUCCUGGGGCAGCUCGAUCACCGCCGGCGGCUGGUUUAACGAGCUGGUGGUCACCGGAGCCUUCGCCUUCGCCAUCGGCGUCUUCCUCAUCAUCCUCAACCGCAUCAUCUCGCGCCGCGAAGAGGAGGACCUCAACGAGUACGUGCAGCGCCAGCUGACGCGCUCGCGCUCGGGCCACCGCCUCAUCCGAGACGUGGAGACCGGCUGCCUCACCACCAAGCAGCAGGCGCGCUCGCGCGGCGAGUCGCAGGCGCUGGCGGCGCCGGCGCUCGCGCCCGUGCACGGCUCGCCGGGCCCCAAGACGCCCGCGGCGCUGCAGCUGGACGGCGAGCUGCCGCUGCCGCUGCCGCUCUCCCCGCUCGAGCCCGUGCUGGAGGAGGACGCGUCGGAGAAGGGCGAGGAGGAGGCGCGCGCUAUGCACUUCCUGAGCAAGGAGGCGCUCAGCAACGGCUCCACCACGGCCGGCAGCCUCAGCCCGGGCUCCCCGUCCGAGACGGCGGGGCUGCUGGGCGGGCCGGGCCGCGGCCACCACGCGCCCGCCCCGCUGCGCAUCUGA